GAAACGUCAGGUUCAGAAUCCGGAAGUACUCCUGAAGCUGUCCUCUGACCAAACAGCAUGUCAAAGAGCUGAAAUAUAGUCCAGCAGAAGUCUCUGUCCUUCAUGAACCACCUGCAGACAACUUCCACACAGGUGCGACUCUUACCUGUUCGUCUUUGUCUGACGUCACCAGGCGCUCCUGACCAGGACGUGUGUUAACAUUAGCUUUAGCUUUAGCACACCUCCUGCGGCACAAUGUCAACAGCACCGGAGGCUCCUCCAGGUCCAGCAGGUGUGGAUCUAUCGGCCCCCGGCCAGAAGUUCAUGAGCUGCUGGAGCUGCCGGCUCACCUCCGGCGGGGGUCUGGUUCUGUCCGGAGCCUACGUGUUCAACGCGGCCCGCAGAGUGAUGCGGCAGGGCGGAACCACCUCCAUAGGGACCGUGGCCCAGAUCACAUUUGCUGUCGGUCUGGCCGCCUGGGGGCUGGUUCUGAUCACUAACCCGGUGGGGAAGGCCCAGAGGAAGACGUGAAGACAGCCAACUCAUCAACAGCACCAUGAACUUUUAAAGCUGCUCGUUCUGGACUGAAGGUUCUGGACUGGAGGUUCUGGACUGGAGGUUCUGGCCGUGUGACUCCUGGAGGUGCUGCUCUUCAGUCUGUUUGGUUCGCGUGUUGAUUAGUUGAAUAAAAUAGUGAAAGAUGAUACAUGUCAUCCUUUAAAUCUGUUGUAUGAACAUCUGCGAUAGUAUUCAACAGUAGAUAAUAUAUAGUACAUGUUUUUAUGUGUGGUACUGAGCAGCAGCACAGAACCAGAGUUCUGUUCAUCAGAAUACUGAUGAUGAAUUCUUGUGGACACUGACAAGCCAUCAGACCCAAAGAAAAGAUUAUCAGCAUUAAUCUAAAUCAAAUGAGAUUAUUUUACUUUCUUAACACUUCAGUUUUAAUCACAUGCUGUUUGGACUCUGGACGUAGAACCUGCAUCAGAACCACUGAUGGACACUGUAGAGUUCAGGCCUGCAGGAUGUUACACACACUUCUGGUUCAGGAACUUUCAAUUCCUUCACUUUCUGUCUGAUAUGAAUAUUAAAGCCGACCGUCAGCUCUUCUCUUUAUGUUUCAGGAUCAGGAUUCAUUUAUUUCUUUACUUUACGACAGACUUGUUCGAUGGGAUUUGUCGUCACUAUUUACUACUCACAAAAUAAAUGAUACACUGGAUGUGGAAUAA